AUGGACCCACCUCAUAGUUGCACAACCAACAUCAAUCGGCAAGAUCAUGGAAAACUAAGCUCUCAAUUGAUAUCACAAGAGAUUUUGCAUCUUGUGGGCGUAGAUCCAUCUGUGAAGGUUAGCACAAUUAUCUCUCAUGUUGUUGCACGGUUCAACUAUACCCCGUCGUACAGGAAAGCUUGCAUUGGAAGAAUAAAAGCGGUCGAACAUGUAUAUGGGAAUUGGGAAAAAUCUUACAAUCAACUUCCACAGUUUUUACUAGCACUGCAGAAAUAUGUUCCUGGCACGGUUGUAAUAUUGGAGUCACUACCAGCAUACACUCCUAAGGGAACAUGCGUUGAUGGAAGUAGGAUAUUUUCUCGGCUCUUUUGGGCAUUUCAACCAUGUAUCAAAGGUUUUGCGUUCUGCAAACCGGUUAUUCAAGUCGAUGGAACAUGGUUGUAUGGAAAAUACAAAGGAACAUUGUUGAUGGCGGUUGCACAAGACGGAAAUAAUAAUAUAUUUCCGAUUGCCUUUGCCUUGGUCGAGGGUGAGACAGGCGAAGCUUGGAGUUUCUUCCUUAGAAAUCUUAGAACACAUGUUGCUCCUCAACCCAACUUAUGUCUGAUUUCCGACUGA